AUGUCACAAAACAAUGCCGCAGAAGGGCGUGGGUCUUCUGCAAAGAACUCACUGGAUAUGAAAACACUUUUUGUCAGGUCUAUUCCAUUCGAGGCCACUGAUGAAGAGCUAACGAACUACUUUUCAGAGCUGGCACCAAUCAAGCACGCUGUUAUCGUCAAAGACAAUGAAAAGAACUCUCGAGGCUUUGGCUUUGUUAGUUUCGCUGUUGAGGAUGAUACGAAGGAUGCUUUAGAAAAGGCUAGAAAGACAAAGUUCAAGGGAAGACUUCUCCGUGUGGAUAUCGCGAAAAGAAGAGAAAGAUCGAAAGGAGACCAAAGAUCUUCGUCAAGCUCAGAGCAGGCCGGAAACGUUGAAAAUAAGGAAAAUGAGCUCAUGGGUGGGAAACCCAAGCUAAUUAUAAGAAAUAUGCCGUGGAGCGUGCGUAAACCUGAGCAGCUGAAGCAGAUCUUCAUGAGAUUUGGUACAGUCGUUGAGGCUAAAAUUCCCAAAAAACCCGACGGAAAGCUUUGUGGAUUUGCGUUCGUAACUAUGAAGAAGCUAGCGGCCUGUAAAAAGGCAAUUGAGGACUCAAAGGAUUUGAAAAUUGAUGGCAGGCAGGUUGCAGUGGAUUUCGCUAUUCAGAAGAACAAGUGGGAAGACUACAAAAAGGAAAAUGUUGCCGAGAAAGUAGAGUCUGAGUCUGAGUCUGAAUCCGAAAUUGACAAACAAGAAGCUGGAGAGGAGGGCUCCUCGAACGAAGCAAGCGAAGCAGAGGAUGAAGACAACGAAAAUGGCUCAGAGGAUGAAGACAGUGACGCAAACAGCGAGGAGGAUGAAGAAAUGGACUCUGAAGAAGAAGAGGAUCAAAGUCCUGGUUCUCAAAAUUGGCCGAAACCAAACAAGCAUGAGCAACUAUCUGUUUUUGUCCGAAACGUUCCUUAUGAUGCUACCCAAGAAAGCUUGGAAGAGCACUUUGGUAAGUUUGGCCCAGUAAAGUAUGCAUUGCCCGUGCAAGACAAGGAGACCGGUUUAGCCAAAGGUUCGGCCUUCGUUGUUUUCAAAUCGAAAGAUGCUUUUGACGAGUGUGUAAAUAACGCACCUGCCUCCGGCACCACUUCUUUGUUGAUGAGUGACGAUGUCCCAUAUCGAUAUGUCUAUGAGGGCCGUAUCUUGUCAAUUGCCCCUGCUUUGGAUAGAGAGACGGCGGGCAGGUUUGCUGAAAGAAAUGCAUCCAAAAGAAAGGAAGCUUUUGGCAAAGCCCCCACGGCCAAGGAUAAACGUAAUCUGUACCUUCUAAACGAAGGUAGAAUAACAGAAGGAUCCAAACUUGCGCAGCUCUUGACCGCUAAAGACAUGGAAAUUAGAGAAAGCUCUUACAAGCUCAGAGUUGAGCAGCUAAAGAAAAAUCCAAGUUUGCAUUUAUCCCUUACGAGAUUAGCCAUUAGGAACCUUCCAAGAGCGAUGACUGAUAAAGCACUGAAAGCGCUAGCCCGUAAAGCCAUUGUCGAAUUUGCCAAAGAAGUUAACCUUCACAUGAGACACCCUUUGAGUAAAGAAGAGAUCCAGAGAUCAACCAGGGAAAAGUACAAGUUCAUGGACGAGGACGAGAUUGCGGCUAGAAAGAAGAAGGAUAAGAAGCAGGGUGUAGUGAGACAAGCAAAGGUCAUCAUGGAAGUUAAAGGCUCCUCUGUCGGCAGAAGUAGAGGAUACGGUUUUGUUGAAUUCAGAGAUCACAAGGCAGCACUAAUGGGCCUCAGAUGGUUGAACGCGCAUGAAGUUACGAAGCCGGAGCUUCUAGAAGGACUCGACGAUGAAGAGAAGAAAGCGGUUGACACGGAGGGGCUCACACGAAGAAGAUUAUGCGUCGAGUUUGCUAUUGAAAAUGCAAACGUCGUAAAGAGACGACGCGAUGCGACAAAGAAUAUGCGGGAGAGCAGUAAGCGCAAGCUUGAAGAAGCUGGGGAUGAGAAAACUGAACAAGAAAACCAGAAGAAGGCAAAGACAGACUCGAAUGCCAAAAAACCCAGUAAAUCUGGUGUUGAUGAUAACAUUAAGAGGCUGAUAGGUUUCAAGCGCAAGAGAAAGCAAGCUAGAAAGUGA